CCACGUACCCAAUGGGCACAAAGCAAUUUUGAUUAAAACCAAAAAGCCUUGAUCUUUUAAGGCCCUAUAUUCAGAGAGCCUGAAAGUUGGCCCAUUCAAAGAAAAAAAUUAGGGCACAGUUUAUCAAGAUCGAAAGAAACCCGCGCUCUAUCUUCACCUCUUUCCUCUCCAUCUUCAUCUGCCUAAGGUUUUUUGAAUCGGGGGUCUCCUUGAAGCAACCUCUCUCUUUCUGAGUAGGGGUGCACUUUAUUUCCAGUUUAAGCAAACCAUCAUUCUGUUUCCACUAUGUUAUAGUUGGUAUUUAAGAUAUGUCAUCAGAUACCGCAAAAGAAAGUGCAUCUGUGGUUGAUUCGUCCGGGACUGAAUGGAAAACUGAUAAAGGGAAAGUGGACGAUCUUGGUAAUACGGAUGCUUUUUUUCUUUAGUUUUUCCCAUAGUCUAUUUUCUGAUGUUCUAUAUGACCUUAGAUUUUGAGUUCUCUUCGUUCUCUUGUUUGGUAUUUUUGAUUUGUUUUAACAUAUUAAAUAGCACAUUGUAAGCUAUUGUAGUAAAACAAAAUGACGCUACAUAGAUUUCACUUUUUUGGCUUAUGCAUAAAAAGGGUUUAUAAUUUCAGGUCGUGCAAUAUUGUGUUUACUUAUUAUGUGUUGUCUAAUUGAAUGACUGAAAGUUACUUAGUUCUUCUUAAUGAACUGUCAAGAUUACUCAAGAUUUCUACUGCACACGGAGUGAUUAUACUCCGCUCAUGCAAAUGAUGCUGACAUGAUAAAAUUAGGUUUUGUGCAUCAUAAAGUUGUAAAAUUAUGCUUGCAAUAUGGUGAAUGCCUGUAAAAUCUGUAAGUGGAUAAACCAAGCUUGGAACAACUUCAAUCGCUGUUUUUAAUUGUAGCUGGAGUACCAGUUUUGUUCGUCAAGCAAGGAUACCUUUCCUUCAUGAACUUUUUAUUCAUGCUUCACUGUUUAAAAUUGUUAUUCUUAAAUAUGUGGUUCAGGGGGAGUACUAGCUGCUGGUCACUGAUCAAGCAGUUCUUGUUUUUACAUUUUAUCUCAGAGUACUGAUGUUCGAUGUUGGAUGUAUGCCAUGAAGAUGGCUGUUACGUUUAAUAUCAUGUCCUCACUCUGCCUCUAAAUUUUCUUCCCACUUUGAUUUUUCAUGCUUAUUAAGAAAAUGAAGUUCUGUAAUCAUGGUUUAUUUAAGUGGCACAUAUCUUCCCUUAAAAAUGUAAGAAUCUAGAAAUACCCAAAAGGAAAGGAAGAAGAAAGUGUUGGGAUGGAAUAUAUCAUAAUGAGUGAUUGCAUAUCUUACUCGUGCUAGUUUAAAUAUUUUUUCUUCUUAUUCAAAUGCUCUAUUCACUUUCAUCUUCUCCAAUGGAGCCAAAUAUUCACUACUAUUUGGCUUCGGAGUAAGAUGGAAUAAAGCAAAAUGGUUCUUAAACUAUCUGUGUGCUUCAUGCAACUUUCGACACUGAUCAUGGGUCAUCUGGGAACAGCCAUUCUAUGUUUUAACACAGGGGUCAGGCUGCGUACAUCCAACCCCCCUUACCCUGCAAUGUGCAGGAGCCUUUGAGGCACUGGGGUAAUGUUGUUGUAUUUAAAUGCUCUAUUUUGCAAAUAAUGUGUACCACAUUUUACAGCCUACCCAAAUUACCAAGAGAAUGACAACCACUAUCAUUCUGGUUCUGGAGUAGGUUUCCAUGCAACCCCAUGUGAGCAGAUUGGAAAUGGAAGGCUGUAUAGCACAAGAUAUUUCAUUAUUAAGAGCCUGAACCAUGAAAAUUUUCAAUUGUCAGUUAAAAAGGGUAUUUGGGCGACACAAGUUAUGAAUGAGCCUAUUCUGGAGGAAGCCUUUCAUAAUUCACGGAAGGUCAUUCUCAUAUUCAGUGUCAACAUGAGUGGUUUCUUCCAAGGUUAUGCACAAAUGAUGUCAUCUGUUGGGCAGAGACGGGACCGCGUAUGGAGCCAAGCAAGUGAUGGGCGCAAUCCUUGGGGUCGAAGCUUUAAUGUUAAAUGGCUGCGGUUGCAUGAUUUACCUUUUCAAAAGACUCUUCAUCUGAAAAACCCAUGGAAUCAAUUCAAACCUGUUAAAAUAAGUAGAGAUUGUCAGGAGUUGCAUCCAGAUGUUGGUAAAGCUCUGUGUGAACUCCUUGAUGGAAAAGAUGUGUCUGAUGUUAAUAUUAAAAUGGAUAAUUUGUUUAGGGAUGAUUACUCUGCUAAAAGGCCACAUAUAGAGCCUUCAGGACAUUCAAGAGAUGAAGAUUCUAAUAUGCUGCUGAUGCAUUUGGCACCAAUGAUGUAUCCCUCUUUAAUAUAUCACCAUCACACGAGUAGAUUUCUUGCAGAGCAUCAUGGCUCAGAUGGUGAAAGUCCUCUCGCUAGUUCCCUCACUGUUCUCACUGAUGAUGAUAUCCUUGACAUGACAUAUGAAGAGUACCUCGAAGCCCACAGCAAAGGGAACAAAAGAGUACGGAAUCAUAUUUCAGGGCAAACAAGGAGUGCUCAACAGUCAUCUGGCAGCAAAGAAAACGCCGAUGAGUCGUAAGUCUACUGCAAUUUUCUAUGUUGGACAUUUUCGUAUGAGAUCUGAAGGGAGGUCUUGGCCCAACAGGUCCCCAAGGGAUCCAAUCGAACCAGAACUAUUAACAUGCCCUGACUCACCAUUUCUGGUUCUUACUCAUUAGGACCAGACCAGCCAGUUCUGGUUCAGGCCCAAACAGCUACUCUUUUUUCUGUAGCUGACUUGCAACGGCCUAUCCAGUGAAAGCCAUAAAAUGUGGUUUAUGUAAACUGUAUGUUUGUAUAUGUGUAGUAUUAUCAAACUGUAAGCUUGUUACUUUGUAACUUAAAAGUUUAUAGAAACAAUUAUAUACCACGUAAGUUUGUGACGUGUAAUUUUGUAGUAGUACUCCGUAAUACUCUGUAUUAGUUAUUGAAUUACUUAAACAAGAUUAAAAAAUCAUUAUUCUUCUGUUCUUUUGAAUAUGAUCAAAGUGGAAUUGCAUUGAUCCCCCUAGAUCCAAGUCUAGGGUUCAAAUCUGGCUUGGGUUUUUGGCCCUUUCCCAAUUUGUGGGAGGUUCAACACAGUAACAUUGUCUUUGACAUAACACUGUUUUUUUGCAGGCAUUCGGGCUGUAGCUCGAAGAAGAGUUCUCACCGACGAUCGAGCUCAUGAAUGUGUAUUCAUUCCCCAUCAAGUAGUUGGCUCUGCAAUUAGCCAGCCGCAAAGCGGCUUCAAAUUUUACUUGUAUUUGACAAAAAAGUCCUUGAAAUAUUGGGGUGA